UGGAAUGUUUUUGUAUGAUCAUCACAACCUCUUUCAAACAUUCCUCAGCUCACCACAGAAUUUUAUAGCAGAGAGAAACAACACUCAAGAAAAGAAAAGAAAAAAAACCUGAGAAUGGUGAACCCUGCAAUUGCUCGUAACGUCGUCGGCAUAAUAGGCAAUGUCAUCUCCUUUGGCCUGUUCUUUUCACCUGCACCAACUUUCUAUGGAAUAGUGAAGAAGAAGAGCGUGGAAGAGUUCAAGCCUGAUCCUUACAUAGCAACGGUUCUGAAUUGUGCUUUUUGGGUGUUCUAUGGAAUGCCUUUUGUGCAUCCAAACAGCAUUUUAGUUCUCACCAUCAAUAGUGUUGGGCUUGUGUUCGAAUUUUUCUAUCUUACCAUAUAUUAUAUCUAUGCCACCAACAAAGGACGGAUGAAGGUACUGAUUUUCCUUCUCAUCGAACUUAUUUUCUUUGCUGCCGUUGCUCUUGUAACAAUGCUGGCACUACAUGGCACAAAGAAAAGGUCAUUAGUGGUUGGUAUUCUGGCUGAUAUUUUCAAUGUUAUGAUGUAUGUCUCUCCUCUUACAGUCAUGGCAAAGGUUAUAAAAACUAAGAGUGUGAAAUACAUGCCAUUUUGGCUUUCUAUGGCUAACUUCCUUAAUGGUCUGUGUUGGACAACAUAUGCUCUCAUCCACCCUUUUGACCGUUAUGUGCUGAUAAGCAACGGUAUUGGAGCAAUCUCCGGACUAGUUCAGCUCCUGUUAUAUGCAUGUUACUGUUCCUGCAAGAGUGAAAACGAUGAUGAUGUUGAUCAUAAUUUGAAACCACCAACUGGGGUUCAGCUCUCCAACCUAAAUGGAACAGUGGCAGUGUGAUUACACAUCAAUAUGGAUUCAUAACCUUUUUUUUCUCUUUUAUUUUCUGUUUACUCCUUCUUCACCUUAUACUUCUUUAUGCCUCUUGAGUUUCAAAUGCAACAUAGAGAUUUAUAUGUGGACAUAUAGAAUGGUUGCUUUUAUAA